GCGUGUAAAUAUUAUGGGGGUCUUAUAAUCGCUCGUUAAAAAAUCCCAUUAAUACUGUACUAACUCUCUUGAGAAUUUCUAUUUCUAUUUGAACAGUUGUCUUUGAUGAUGCAGUUCGAUGUGCGAAGACUUGAUAUCUACAGGAAAGUCCCCAAGGACUUAACUGAGCCAACAACUACAGGAGCAGUUAUAUCUGUCCUAAGCUGUUUGUUUAUGACGUUCCUGUUCCUGUCUGAAUUCUACAGUUUUAUUGGCACAGAAAUAGUAAGUGAGCUGUUUGUAGACAAUCCGUCUGGUAGCAACGAAUUACCAGUUGAGCUCAAUAUAACACUGCCAAGAAUUAGAUGUGAUUUUUUAGGUCUUGAUAUUCAAGAUGAAAUGGGACGUCAUGAAGUUUCUUUCCAGCAGAAUAUUGAACGAAUACCAAUUGAUGGAGGAGAGGGAUGCCAAUUUCAAGGACAUUUUAACAUAAAUAAGGUUCCUGGAAAUUUUCAUAUUUCAACACAUGGUGCAGGACGGCAGCCAGAUAAUCCAGACAUGGCUCAUACUAUCAACUCUCUGAAGUUUGGUGAACAAAUUAUGGAAAAGAUCCCUGGUGCAUUCACAGCUUUACAAGAUCAUGACAAACAAGAUGCCAAUGCCCUUUCUUCACAUGACUACAUCUUAAAGAUUGUUCCAACCAUCUUCCAAAAACUUGACGGUACAACUAAGUUUUCCUAUCAAUACACAUGGGCCUACAAGGACUACAUCACAUACUCACAUGGGGGUGCUAUUCUACCAGCGACAUGGUUCAGAUAUGAUCUCAGUCCCAUCACCGUCAAGUAUAUUGAGAGAAGGAAGCCUCUCUACCAUUUUAUCACUACAAUAUGUGCUAUUAUUGGUGGAACAUUCACUGUUGCUGGAAUCAUAGACUCUAGCAUUCUUACAGCCACUGAAAUGUUCAAGAAACACCAACUUGGAAAAUUAAGUUAAUGUAGAAGACAAAGUAUAGGUUUCUUUAAUUUGAGCAGGCCACUCCAUGUUCUUUAUCACAGAGGAGCGAAUUCAAAUCAUACUUUUGAAACUUCGCCGUUAGAACUAUAUGAAGGCUCUAUGAAUCUGGCCAAUGUAGUAACAUUAUUUUACCCUGGCUGGACAUCUUCACUAUAAACUUCAUUUUCAGUAAAAGAAUCACCAAUGUGAAAUUUUUCAUGAAAAUGUUUUGACAAAUUCGUGAAGAGCAUUUCGCGAGGAUUUGAAUAAUUCGCGAUUUUGAAAGAAAAGUUGAGCUGUUGUUUUUAGAUUUCGCGAUUAUUUAAAGUAGUUUUAACCUCGUGAUAGUUUAUUUCGUCGAUCUGCAUAUGAGGCGGAAUUAUCGCGAAAUAAUGAUUUAAGUCGCGAUAUAAUGCAGGAUUAAACGGUAUUUUGCAUCAAUGAAGUUUAGGAACAUUUUCGCCUUUGAUUUAGGAAAACCUACGUCAAUCUUUGAAGUAUGAGUGGUAUUUUAAGUGAGAUAUCGCACAACAAGCAUCAUUAAACCCCGUACCCGACCCUGGGUCCGAGCCUUUACAGCGCCAUUGAUUUUUCGGUUUCUUAGAUUAUUUAUAACAUUUUUUAAUUUAAAGUUUAGUUAUAUUAGAUAUGCAUUAUAUUGGUAGACGUUUAUUAAAAUGUAACAUAAAUAUUU